GCCCACCUCCAUGUACACGGCCAUCCUCACUUGAUAAAAUUGAAGUAAUCGUCUACGGAGCAUGAGAGAUUAAAUACUGCAACGACCUCUCACCACCCUGCCCACGCUGCCCACGCUGCUCACACUGCUCACACCCUCAUCCUCGAAAAUCCCGUCGUCGUCGCUCCUUCCAUAUCCCGUCGUGUCUUGUCAUCUCACCUCACACAUCAUAUCACAUUAUACAUAGUUCCGCUUCGAGAGUCACAAAGUCAAUCAAUACCCAAUAGGUGAUAGGUGGUUGCCACUAAAUAGACGAGUGGAAUUCCCAUUACGCUCGCUAUCCGAAGUUCAGCAAAUCCCAUAUGCUUACCCCUCCACCUCGUCCUCAGCUCAAUUCUCGACACAACAGUCCACGUAUUUAAUCCUUUGCCUUCGACACGCUUUACGAAGGGAGGGAACUCCUUUAUUCUCUUAGACAUUCAUCAACAAGAGCUUUGAAUCGCUCAGCCAUCACUAUUCCAGAUGUUUCGCAAUAGGAAAUCAACUCAAAAACCCGGCGAUGAAUUCAUCACCGACUUCCGAAAACACUUUCCAGAGAUCGUCUCCACCACACCUGCUGGGAAGGAGAUCGAUAAGGGAGUCGCGCCUACGUUUGGGGAUGGAUCAGGCAGACACCAUAGUGUAGGAGCUGAAGACACAGGUAAAGAGAUCAAUGAUCCAGAUCCAACUCCCAGAGCCCGAGAUGAUGCUGCCGCAUGGCGAUGGACACCCUCUAUAUUGGGAUCGUCGUCCUCCAACUUUGACUCCAACUCAUUCGGAUUCCCAUCAUUCAAUCCAGCACCAGGGCCGUAUACUUUAACGCCGGGAGGAACGAAUACUCUAUAUCAUCAUCAAGCUGGAGAUCUUCAUAUGGGCAUGGGCAUGGGUAUGAGCAUGGGAAUGGGUAUGGGAAUGGGACCUCCUCUUUCAAUCCCCACUACUACAGAUGGUCUCCAUACCGAAACAAUGAUGGGCAUGCCCAGUUUUCCUACCCAUGAUUUUCAUGAUUACAACCCCUUCGCACAUUCUCAUCAUCAUCAUCAACCGCAACCACAGCCAACAUCAUACGCCCCAUCCUCCUUCAUUCAUCAGGACACAGGUUACGAAACAAUGGAUCAUGACGGAUCUCCUAUGGAUGAUGACGAAGGACCACUGGGUUCAAUGGAGCGGGUGAUGCAUCAAUCUCCCUUGACAUUCCAGCCACACUCGUACGACAUGGCUAUGCCUGGAUCAGCCUCUCCAUUUGCCGAGAAAUUUCGCUUCCAGGCUGUGUUGAACGCGCCAACGGCUAUGGUUAAAAACUCGCAAGAGAUUCCAGUCACGUACCUCAACAAAGGACAGGCAUAUUCGGUCUCUAUUUUGGAUACUGAAGCGGGCCAUCCACUCCAGCCAGGCACUCGUUACCGAACCUUCGUACGUAUCUCAUUUGAAGAUGAACAGCAGAGACAACGGCCUGCUUCAUGCUGGCAGUUAUGGAAAGAAGGAAGAGGUACUAACGAGGCUCAUCAACGUGGCGGAAAGCUCCAAGCGGUUGAAUAUGUUGAAUCCACGCAGAUUGGCGAAAGUGAUGAGAAGCGGACGCGCAUGGAGCUGGAUACGGCUUCUUUUGAUGGAUUCUCUGUAAUCUGGACUCCCGCGGCCAACUGUGUCCCAGAAUGCAAUAUUGCUGUCCGCUUCAACUUUCUUUCUACCGACUUUAGCCACUCAAAAGGAGUCAAGGGUAUUCCCGUUCGAUUUUGCGCCAAAACUGAAACACUGUCUUCUGGUUCCCCACACACCAAGGAGGCUUCCGAGGUAGCUUUCUGCAAAGUAAAGCUCUUUAGAGACCAUGGAGCCGAGCGGAAAUUGUCCAACGACAUUGCGCAUAUCAAAAAGACUAUUGAUAAGUUAAAGCAACAAAUAAAUCAGGCAGAGACUGGUAUGAAAGAUUUUGGAAAACGAAAGAGAGGCUCGACUGCAAAGGCACAAAUUAGUGAGCGGCCUGGCAAGGUUCAAAAGCACAAACGUACUUGGUCCAUGUCUUCUGCAUCUUCUGCAGGUGGACGAGCUCCGGUGGAAGAGGAUCUCCAGGAAAGACUUUUACAGUAUCAAGAUAUGUUUCAAAGUACACGACCAACCAGCGUACUUUUCUUGCGCGGUUCGGAACAGGACGACCCCGAUCUUUUCCCAGUGGCUUUGGCGGGUGAGCCACUCGACUUGACAAAAGUAAAUUCUCGAGAUAACGCCACUUGGGCGGCGAGGAGCAGCGCACGUAGCUCGACUACCGGUACCUCUUCUAUCAUAUCCCCAUCGCCGAGUUCGAUCUCAUUGCACUCCCAAGCUGCUCCAUCCGCAGCUAAUCUUUCCACUUGGAACGAUUUCCACAACGUUCCACCAGGGGACUUUCAAAAUCAAAAUCCACAGCACCUAGCGAGCCCGCCAGAUCAGCUAACCAAGGUUCCCAAGCCAGACGAUACUGGCAGCCUAAGUGGUUGGAUUGAGGCUUUGGGAGUUGAUCCUUCCUACAAUCCACCCGUUGAACAACCUAUCAAGCCCGUCGCUUGCUUCUAUGUACUCCGUAGAGAACCAGCCCAACCAGCUAAACGUGAAUAUCACCGAGCCAUCUACUUGAUGCAACGUUCACUCAAAGAUUUCACUAGCGCUAUUGCCUCGAAAUGGAACUUCGAACCUACGAAAAUCACCCGCACUAUCCACGUGCUUGAAAACGGUUUACAGGUCGAGAUGGAUGACGAUGUUAUACGCGAGUUGUCUGAAGGCCAAGACUUUAUCCUGGAGGUUCAAAAUUCUCAAGCACCAGUCAAACGCGAAUGGGAAAUGGAACUCACUGUGGACAACGACAGUGCUGGCGCGACACAAAACGUUGUCCACAGCGAAGGAUACGAAUUGAAGCUAUUUUUCUAAUCUACCUACUUAAUUUACCUUUCCUUUAUCACUUGUUUUAUUAUACCCAUAGACCAGGAGGAAAUGGUCAUGUAAUUGUUAUGGAUCUAAAGAUCCAGGAUUGGGUUGGGACAGGGCUUGAAGGGCGUCAUUGUCGUUUUCUGAGAUACCAAUUUCCUACAUGAAAUGUUUUGCCCCAAAUCACCUCCAAGACGAUCGUGUUUAGGAAAGAAGCAUGCAUAUACAUCACUGGAAGAUGUUGAGAGACAGAUUCGAGAUCUGAUCUCAACCGGAUUGGGAAGGGGUAGAGCGGGGGAGAGCUUUCAUAUUCCGUCAAAGUUUUUUCUAUCGGGAGGAUCUUUUAAGCGUUUCAUUAUUCUCUUCACGGCCCCAAAAGCCAUACGAACACAAUAUUUGACGCGGUUAUACUUGUACAUGGAAUUUCACGAUGCGAACGAACGAUUUCUUUUUCACAGGGUUUGGGGUAAUAUUCAGAAUUGGUACACAGAUGGGCCUCGAUGGCAAUGGUGGCAUGGGCGUACAUUUACUUAGGACUACCAGAAAACUUUGAGUAUACAGUCGCCUUAGUUUCACAGUAUAAAAAAUGAAAAAUUCAAUUAUCUUUUUA